UUACUAGCCUUCGAUCUUGACGACCCGCAAGCCGUCGAGAAAAUAAAAAUGGCUUGUGAAAAUUGGGGUGUUUUUCAGGUCACCAACCACGGCGUUCCCGUCGCGCUUCUUGCCCAAAUUGAACAUCAGACUCGACGGUUCUUUGAGUUGGCGCCGGAGCAGAAGCUCCGGGUUAUGCGGUCGCCGGGCAGCGCCGCCGGAUACGGCUUCCCCCGGAUUUCGCAGUUUUUUAGCAGCCUCAUGUGGUACGAAGGAUUCACCGUGGUGGGAUCGCCGUUGGAGCAUGCACGCCGGGUUUGGCCUCAAGAUUAUUCCGCUUUCUGCACUGUCAUUGAUGAUUACCAAGAACAAAUGAUGGGCCUGACUGAAAAGAUAGCCUCUUUAAUGUUUAAAUCGUUAGGCCUAUCUGCUGGUGAAGAUGUUGAAUGGUUUGAGCCCAAUGGGCCUUGCAAAAGCACACAAUCAUAUUUACAAUUGAAUUCGUACCCAAAUUGCCCAGACCCAACCCGCGCAAUGGGCUUGGCCCAACACAUAGACACAUCCCUUAUAACUUUACUAUACCAAUCAGGCAUCAGUAGAGGCCUCCAAGUGUAUGGGCCUAAUCUCAAUUGGGUUGACGUGGAGCCCAUUUCCAACGCAAUUAUCGUUGUCAACCUCGGUGACCUGAUGCAAAUAAUCUAUAAUGGACAGUUCAAAAGCGUGUUACAUCGGGCCAUUGUGAGCAAGGCCCAUCACCGCAUCUCGGUCGCCUAUUUCUUCGGCCCAAAUAAGAAUGUUGAAAUUUCGCCGUCACCUAAAUUGAUCAAGGGCAGUGAAUUUCCCAUGUAUAGGUCCAUAUCAUGGAAGGAGUAUCUUGAUAUUAAGAACAUGUACUUUAACGCCUUGGAGAUGAUUGGCUUCAAUUCAGUCGUUGAAAAAUCCAAUGCCCUAGCAAGUGGUAACGAGGCACCACUCGUUAGCGAAGUGGAAGCUAUAGAAGCGUAG